AUGACUUCAUUGCACUCCCAGCCUGGUUAUUGCAGUGUGACAUGGAACUGCUGCUGGUUUGUUCUUCCUGCUAAGCAGGCUUGUGUCUCUCCCAGGUGGUCUGAAACUAGUCCCGGCUACUGGACAGGGGUGCUGGCAGGACGGGUUUGGACCCUGACGCAGUCAGACGAGCAGCUCUGGUACACACUCCAUGACGAGGAGAAGGAGGACGGCAGCCGGGAGGAAGAGGCCCUCUCCGAGCCCCCGCUGAAGAAAGGGAGGAAACAGGCCCAGCCGGAUGGGAGCCAUGCCGAGACCAGUGAGCGCUCAGGCAGCCAUUUGUCCGGAGAACUGAUCCACGGCAUGGAGGGGUUGACGCCCUCCCAGGUCCUCCAGGACUAUUUCCAGUUACACAUAAAUCUAUCUGCAUUGUACCAGGGAUGGUCUUACGUUGACUCACACUUCCGGGAAGUCGCCAUCAAGUUUCCAGGAGUCCGGGUGCUGCGACAGGACCCCGUGGAGUGCCUCUUCUCCUUCAUCUGCACCUCCAACAACCACUUGUCCCGCAUCACCAAUAUGAUCCAGCACCUGUGCCAGGCAUUUGGGCGCCGCCUCUGCCAGCUGGACACCAAGACGUACCAUGCCUUUCCUUCCUUGCAGGCAAUGGCAGGAGCCGACACUGAAGCCCGCCUGAGAGACCUGGGCUUUGGGUAUCGGGCCCGGUUUGUGAGCGAGAGCGCCAGGGCCGUCCUAAAGACUCUUGGUGGUGCGGCUGGCCUUCAGCAGCUGCGCACCGUCCCUUAUGAACAGGCCCGACAUGCCUUGUGCACCCUCCCUGGCGUGGGAGUCAAGGUGGCCGACUGCGUGUGUCUCAUGUCGCUAGACAAAGCUGAAGCGGUGCCCGUGGACACGCACAUAUGGCAGGUGGCCAAGCGGUACUAUGGCCAAGAGUUGGGGAUGGGGGCUCGCAGCGUGACAGAGCGGGUCCAUCGGGAAAUCGGGAACUUCUUCCGGAGCCUGUGGGGACCCUAUGCUGGAUGGGCUCAAGAGGUUCUCUUUUGUGCCGACCUAAGGAAGUACCAGGAGUCGCCAGAUCCGGAUGCCAAAAACCGCUGUGCCAAAAUUGCCAGGAGCAGCAACUCCACCUUGACCUAAUCAUUCCCCUCCCAGCCCAGUGUGGCCUGUGCAUCAGACAAGUAAGAAAACUAUUCCUUCUCCAGGGCCGGAGCUGGAGAGGAACCUCCACGUUGGGAGCAGGGCGCCGUCUGAGUGAUCGAAGAGGGUCUGAGCGGUUUGUGUUGUGGAGAGUCGGUUUCGGCCGUUGUGGUUGGGUUGUUUGUGCCCCAGCAGUGGCCGUUUGUGGUAUAAGCUUGUUGUGUAGCUGCAAAGUAUCAUAGAAUACUUUUUUAUCUGUCGCUUAUGUCUUUUGCUUUAUCUUUUGGUACAGUAUUAAUGUGUUGCGGUCCAGUUUCUAAGGAAGGCCACGAGAAGCUUGUCUUCUCCUCCUCCUCUGGACUUGACCCAUAUAUUUAGUCAUUGGGCAAACUUGGGCCCUGCAGGUGUUUUGGACUCCAACUC